AUGUCAGCCCAAGCGCUCUCGCAUGAGGACAGCAGCCCAGCUGGUCUCCUCGCGGCCUACGACGCGGCGCACGAUGAACUUGGAAGCCCACCUCAAUCUCGCGUACGCGCGGCGCUCGAGGGUGCGGCGCAGCGCGGGACACCGCUGACUCAUCUCGCGCUGCGCUCGGCCGGCGUCGGAAGCCAGGGCGCGCAGGCCGUUGCCGAGGUGCUCUCGCGCGACACAAACCUGACGCAGGUCAGCCUUGAGGACAACGCGCUGGGCGACGACGGCGCUGCCGCCAUCGCACGUGGCCUCAAUGGCCACCCGUCGGUCUUUCGGCUCAAUAUCGGCUACAACGAGAUCACCGGGCGUGGGCUGCGUGGUGUCGCCGAGCUGGUCGCGGCGGGCGGCCCGCUCCUCUGCCUCGACCUCUCCGGCAACAACUUUUACCAGAACGUGGCUGUCGCGAUGGUUGCGCCCGCCGGCUUGUUCUCUCUCGCGCCAGCCGGCAUGUCGCCGCUCGCGCCGCUGGGCCGCGCGCUCGCCAGCGCCGAGUGCCGGCUUCAGCUGCUGCUGCUCGACCAGGCGCCAACCCUGAAGAGCCUCUCCUCUUCCCGGACCCUUCCCUGA